AUGAUGAUUGAUGUGAAAGAGAAGCUUGCCUACGUGGCACUCGACUUCGAACGGGAGUUGGAAAAAAACGCGGAAAACAGCUCGGAGGUCGAACAGAGCUAUGAGCUGCCCGACGGGGAGUUCAUCACCGUAGGGCACGAGAGGUUCCGCUGCGCGGAGGUUCUCUUCCGGCCGUCGCUGGUCGGGAUGGAAGCUUCCGGAAUUCACGAGAUGACGUAUAAUUCUAUUGAGAAGUGUGAUGUGGAUAUAAGGAAGGAUGUUUAUGGGAAUAUCGUGCUCAGUGGUGGGUCCACCAUGUUCCCGGGCAUUGCCGAACGUAUGAGAAAGGAGAUAACUGCUCUUGCUCCGAGUGGUGUGGAGGUUAAUGUGGUGGCCCCACCUGAGAGGAAGUAUAGUGCCUGGAUCGGAGGCUCGAUUUUGGCAUCUCUCAGCACCUUUCAGCAGAUGUGGAUAUCGAAGCAAGAGUACGAUGAAUCUGGUCCGGGAAUUGUUCAAAGGAAGUGUUUCUAG